AUGGCCACCAUGACUUCGGGCUGUUCGGCCAAUGCAACGGUUUGUGAAGGUGACUCGUGUGUGGCACCUGAGAGCAACUUCAAUGCCAUUCUCAGCACGGUCUUAAGCAUCGUGCUGACCAUCCUAUUGGCCUUGGUCAUGUUCUCCAUGGGAUGCAAUGUGGAAAUCAAGAAGUUCCUGGGGCACAUAAGGCGGCCAUGGGGCAUCUUCAUUGGCUUCCUCUGCCAGUUUGGAAUCAUGCCUCUCACAGGAUUUGUGCUGUCAUUGGCCUUCGGCAUCAUGCCUAUCCAGGCUGUGGUUGUGCUCAUCAUGGGCUGCUGCCCAGGAGGAACAGCUUCCAACAUCUUGGCCUACUGGGUGGAUGGGGACAUGGACCUGAGCGUCAGCAUGACCACCUGCUCCACAGUGCUUGCCCUCGGAAUGAUGCCUCUGUGCCUUCUUAUCUACACCAAAAUAUGGGUGGACUCCGGGAGCAUCGUAAUUCCCUAUGAUAGCAUAGGUACCUCCUUGGUCGCUCUGGUUAUUCCCGUUUCCAUUGGAAUGUUUGUUAAUCACAAAUGGCCCAAGCAGGCGAAGAUCAUACUGAAAGUUGGAUCAAUUGCAGGCGCAAUCCUGAUCGUGCUCAUCGCUGUGGUUGGAGGAGUAUUGUACCAAAGUGCCUGGAUCAUUGAACCCAAGCUGUGGAUUAUAGGGACGAUAUUUCCUGUGGCUGGUUACUUGCUAGGUUUUCUCCUGGCUAGAAUAGCUGGACUGCCAUGGUACAGGUGCCGAACAGUUGCUUUGGAGACGGGGAUGCAGAACACGCAGCUGUGCUCCACCAUCGUGCAGCUCUCCUUCAGCACUGAGGACCUCAACCACGUGUUCACCUUCCCACUCAUCUACAGCAUUUUCCAGAUUGCAUUUGCAGCGAUAUUCCUGGGAAUUUAUGUCACGCACAAGAAAUGUAGUGGGAAGAAUAAUGCAGAAUUUUCAGACAACAAAGACACCAAGGCAGAACCCGAGUCAUCAUUUCAGCAGAUGAAUGGAGGAUUUCAACCAGAGAAGUAG